ACUAGUCACACGUGCGUUAACAUGGCCGACAGUGUCUACCCCUCUUGUCUACUUGAAGGAGAUCCUAGCCUUCCUAUAAAGAACAUUGAAGACAAAUGGAAGCUCCUUCCCGCCUUUCUCAAAGUCAAGGGUCUAGUUAAGCAGCACCUGGACUCCUUCAAUUACUUUGUCAGUACAGACAUCAAGAAGAUAGUGAGGGCCAAUGACCUGGUCAUUAGUGAUUUCGACCCAUCAUUUUAUCUGAAGUAUUUGGAUAUAUACGUUGGUACCCCAUUGGUGGAGGAGUCCCUGAACGUAUGUACACAGAUUACCCCUCAGGAGUGCAGGCUGAGAGAUAUGACGUAUUCAGCACCUGUCACUGUUGACAUUGAGUAUACUAGAGGGACCCAACGGGUUCGGAGGAAAGGUUUUUCCAUUGGUCAGCUACCUAUAAUGCUGAGAAGUGCCAACUGUGUCCUAUCAAAUAAAAACCAGGAGGAACUAGCAAAACUGAAGGAGUGUCCGAUUGAUCCUGGUGGAUAUUUUGUCGUCAGAGGGACGGAAAAAGUCAUACUGAUUCAGGAACAAUUAUCUAAAAAUAGAAUCAUCGUUGAUUACGAUAAAAAGGGAAACAUUGGCUGCUCCGUGACCUCUUCAACUCACGACAGAAAGAGCAAGACGAACCUGAUAUUCAAAGGGAAUCAGUUCUAUUUAAAGCACAACUCAUUCACAGAUGACAUCCCAGUAGUCCUCGUCUUUAAAGCAAUGAAUAUCAUCAGCGAUCAAGAGAUAGUCCAAAUGAUUGGUUGUGAAGAUUCAGUUCUCUCAGUAUUCGCUCCUUCCCUUGAAGAGUGUGCGAUGCUUAAUGUCUACACCCAAAAGAAAGCUCUUGAAGUUGUCGGAGCUAAAACAAGGAAGAGAAUGUACGGGAAACCGAGAUCAAAGGCAGAAGAAGCUCAUGAUGUUCUCUCUCAUUACGUACUAGCUCACAUUCCUGUUGAAUCUAACGACUUUAAAAUUAAAGCGUCUUUCCUUAGUUUAAUGAUAAGGAGAGUCAUACUAGCGACUGCAAAGGACGAAGUUGACGACAGGGAUUACUAUGGUAACAAGAGGCUGGAGUUAGCCGGGCCCCUUCUCUCUCUUCUCUUUGAGGAUUUAUUCAAACGAUAUAAUUCAGAAUUGAAGAAGAUUAUUGACAGGACUUUGGCAAAGAAGAGGACACAGCCAUUUGACGUUGUUUGUCACAUGAAGAACUCUAUCAUCACUCAAGGGAUCGAGACUGCCCUGUCCACAGGGAACUGGACUCUCAGACGAUUCAAAAUGGAAAGAGGAGGAGUGACACAAGUCCUGUCUCGUAUGUCCUUCAUUGCUUGUCUAGGUCACAUGACUAGGAUAACGAGUCAGUUUGAGAAGACGAGGAAGAUCAGUGGCCCAAGGUCCCUCCAGCCCUCCCAGUGGGGGAUGGUGUGUCCCUCUGAUACUCCGGAGGGGGAAGCGUGUGGUCUUGUUAAAAACCUUGCCCUCAUAUCCCAUAUAACCACUGAUGUUGAUGAAGGACCGAUAAGACGACUAGCGUUUAAUUUAGGAGUUGAGGACAUUCGUUAUCUGUCGGGGGAGGAACUCUCGUCCAAUGAGUCUUACCUUGUAUUGCUCAAUGGUAAUAUAGUGGGUGUGGUUAGAUACUACGCCUCUUUUGUACGAUAUUUCAGAUUAUUGAGACGUAACGGAAGAAUGAACGAGUUUGUAUCAAUAUCCACGAAUCAUCACAAUCGCACUGUCAGCAUUUCCUCUGAUUCUGGUCGUGUCUGUCGUCCCUAUAUCAUAGUGAUCAACGGAGUCCCUAGGGUCACCUCCCAUCAUAUUGACCUCAUCUCUAAAGGGAUGGAAUUCGAAGACUUCCUUGCCAAAGGACUCAUAGAGUAUCUUGACGUCAACGAAGAAAACGAUUCCAUGAUAGCCUUGUAUGAGUCUGACAUUAACAGCAGUACCACCCACCUUGAGAUCGAGCCAUUUACCAUAUUAGGAGUGUGUGCUGGUCUGAUUCCGUAUCCCCAUCACAACCAGUCGCCACGGAACACGUACCAGUGUGCCAUGGGUAAACAGGCCAUUGGUACGAUAGCUUAUAACCAACAGAACAGGAUUGACACUCUCCUCAAUAUAAUGAUAUACCCACAGGCUCCGAUUGUUAAAACCCGUACUAUUGAUCUUAUAAAGUUUGAUAAGUUACCAGCUGGUUUUAAUGCAGUCGUUGCUAUAAUGUGUUACUCUGGUUACGAUAUUGAAGAUGCUCUUAUACUGAACCGGGCUUCUCUGGAUAGAGGUUUGGCCAGGUCUCUCGUCUGUCGGAAACAAACCUGCUCCUUGAAGAGAUACUCAAACAUGACUUUCGAUAAAAUACUCGGCCCAAGCCGAGAGAUGGAUACCGGUAAACCAAUAUGGAAACACACCCCUCUUGACGAGGAUGGGAUUGUAGGCGUGGCCGAGAGAGUAUCAAGCGGACAAGUGUUGAUUAAUAAGCUAGUUCCGCAGGUUACACAAUCUCUCUGUCCAGGAGGAGGGGGAGCAGCAGCAGGUGGAGCAGAUAAUAAUUACAAGUCUUGUCCUGUCUCUUACCGUGGCCCUACUGAUGUCUAUGCUAACAAUGUAUUAAUAACUAAUAAUAACGAAGAGUCUUAUCUUAUUAAGAUACUACUGGAGUCCAUUAGGAUACCAGAGAUUGGGGACAAGUUUAGCAGUCGCCAUGGACAAAAAGGAGUGUGUGGGUUGAUUGUACCACAAGAAGACAUGCCCUUCACUGAUCAGGGACUAUGUCCUGAUAUAAUAAUGAAUCCUCACGGCUUUCCCUCUCGUAUGACCGUUGGGAAACUCAUCGAAGUCAUAGCUGGUAAGACAGGUGCUCUUAAUGGCACCUAUAGGUACUCAACUGCUUUCGGAGGCGACAAAGUCUCUGACAUAAGCUCUGAUCUGAUAUCCAAUGGUUUCAACUAUGUCGGUAAGGACAUACUAACGUCAGGUAUUACCGGAGAACCACUGGAGGCCUACAUAUACACAGGAAUAGUGUACUACCAGAGACUGAAGCACAUGGUACUGGAUAAGAUGCAUGCAAGAUCACGUGGUCCUAGAGUAAUACUAACCAGACAACCGACCGAAGGAAGAUCAAGGGACGGAGGCCUCAGGUUAGGAGAGAUGGAGAGAGAUUGCUUGAUAAGUUAUGGAUCCUGUAUGCUACUGAGAGAAAGGUUGAUGACGUCAAGUGAUGAGUUUGAUGUGCAGAUAUGUGAAUCAUGUGGUCUAUUAGCUUAUAAUGACUGGUGUCAUUAUUGUCAAUCUUCUGGAUCAGUUACUUCAAUAAAGAUUCCGUACGCUUUCAAGUUGUUGAUACAAGAAAUGCAAUCGAUGAACAUAAUACCAAGAAUAGGACUUAGCAGCUGCAUAUAACUGAUUUUCCCUCUUCUCUCCCUCCCCUCUCUCUCUCUCUUUAACUUUAUUAUUGCUAUUAAUAAACACUAAA